AUGAGAGUUAGCUCAAUUGAGGCUGAAAUGGAAAACCCUAUUGACGUAGAUAAAACAGACGUAGAGGGUGAAUUAAAAAUUAAAUAAGUCACUCUGCUCAGAGAAAAUAUAGUUAAAAAAAUCGUCUUUUUCCUUGUUGCUAUUUUUUGCUCCGACAGACCUAGCGUUCUAAAGAAAGUAUUUUAUGAAGAAGUAUCUAAAUAAGAAGAAGCCACCCAUGUUUAUGUUCUUGCUUCAGAUUUGACAGAUUACAUAGAAGAAGCUAGCUUGAAAGAAAACCCCGAAGAAGGAGGAGAAAAGUCUAUUUAUUUUGUAAACAGGCUCUAAAAGUACAUCUACCACAAAAAGCAAAAUAAAUUUAGAGCUAUUGAAUACUUUAUCUAAGGCAAGUCAUACUCUGAAAUUGCUAAUAAUAAACCACUCGCUACAGGCAGAGUUGAUCAAUUACUCGCUUACUAUGGAAAGAGUGAAAUAGAAAUCAAUGUACCAUCUUUCUUAACUUUAAUGUGGAGAGAGUUCAAAAAACCUAUUAACUUUUUACUUUAUUUUGGUAUCAUAGUUUGGGGUAUUGAACAAAUGUAUGUUUCUACUGCUAUUACUGUUGUUUUUACCACAACUAUUAAUUCUCUUAUUUGCAUUUAUAUUCGCGGUGUCAUGUAAAAGCUAAAGGAUGCCUGUCUUAAUAACACUUCUGUCAUAGUAUAAAGACAUAAUGGCUAAGGAUACUAAGAAAUAACAGUAGCAUCUAAUAUGAUAGCUCCUGGUGAUAUAGUUCUCUUCAAAAGAGAAGUUACUCUCCCUUUUGACUGUGUAAUUUUGGAAGGCUCUUGCUAAGUUACUGAAGCCAAUAUUACAGGUGAAAACGUUGCAAUCGGAAAGUGUCAAAUACCUACUGAUCAUCACAAUGAUAUUUUUAAAUAUGAAUCAAGCAAAUCUCACACUCUCUUCUAAGGUACUCAAUUGAUGAAGAUUGAAGAUGAUAUCUUAAAAGUAAUUGUUGUAAGAACUGGUUUUGGAAGCUACAAGGGUCAAAUUAUUAGAGCUUUACUUUAUCCCAAGCCUUUCAAUAAAAAAUUCUAACAAUAAGCUGUCAAGUUAACUAUUUUAAUGGCUACCCUUUUGCUUAUCGGUUUCCUUUCUACCCUUUCUAGACUCCUUGAUAUUGAACUUCCUCCUUUGUUCAUAGCUUUUAGAUUCUUAGAUAUUCUCAUCUAUAGUGCUCCUCCUGGUAUGCCUAUGCUUAUCGCCAUUACAAACUUCGUUGGCUUGAAAAGAUUAAAAAAUAAUUAGAUUUUAGGAUAAGAUCCUAACUCUGCAAGUUAAGCUGGUAGAAUUUAAACUCUUUGCUUUGAUAAGACUGGUACUCUUACUGAAGAUAAGGUUGAUUUAAUUGGUUACCAAUUGAAAGGAUAGAAUCAAACAUUCGAUAAGAUUCAAUGCUAAGAUCCUAACAAUAUCUCAAUUGAACACAAACUCUUUAGUAUUUGCCAUGAAGUAACAAAAAUUAACAAUAAGCUUUUAGGUGAUUUAAUGGAUGUAAAAAUGGCUGAAUUCAGUACUCUCGAUAUAGAUUACGACCAUGAAGCCAAAUAACACUACUCUAAAUCAGGUAAUAAAAGAUUCUAUUGUAUCUAAGUUAACUAAUUCCAUUCUGAAUACCAAUCUAUGAGUGUUGUUUGCAAGGAAGUUGAUAUGAUCACCAAGGAAUUCAAGCAUUACUUCUUCAUCAAGGGAUCUCCUGAAAAGAUUCAAUCCUUGUCACACGUUUAAUCUUCAGAAAAAGCUCAAUUAAGUACCUUGAUUAAUGAAGGAUACAGAAUUCUUGGAUUUGGUUACAAGGAAAUUCCUUAAAGUGAAAUAGAUGCCUUUUUAGAUUUAAGCAGAGAAUAACAAGAAGCCAAUGUUUAAUCUCUUGGUUUCCUUAUUUAUAAGAAUAAUCUUAAACCUGACACUCAAGAAGUGAUCAAAGAAUUCAAAGAAGCAUGUUACAAUAUUAAGGUUAUCUCUGGUGAUAAUCCAAUCACUACUUUAAAAAUAUCCUAAGAAUUAGAAAUCGUCAAUAGAAAAAAUCCAACAGUUAUCAUCAACUUUGAGGAAACUGAAAAUGUCAAGAGUCAUCUUAUUAUCACUGAAAUCUAACCUGAUAACUCAACUCAAGUAAUUGAUUUCAGUUCAGCUCAAAAUGAAUAAGACUACAUUAAUAAAUAAAUGAGUUAUUGCUGUGAUGCUUUCCUUAAUAACAAAUCUUUUUGUUUCAGCGGUAAAGCCCAUUACUACUUCUAGCUUAAGGCCAAGACUGACCAUAUUUCAUUCAAGCCUGAAUGGGUUAAAAUGCAAGAUAAAUCUGUCUAAAAAAUAAUUUCUUUCUAUCAAAUGUUGAUAAUUAACACCAAUGUUUUCGCUAGAACUCAACCUGAAUAAAAGCAAACUAUUGUUAGACUCUUGAAAGAAAGUGACUAAAUAGUAUGUAUGGUUGGUGAUGGUGCAAAUGACUGCUCCGCUAUUCGUGAAGCAGAUGUCGGUAUUUCUUUUGCUGAAGCUGAUGGUUAAUUCUCUUCAUCCUAUGUAUCUUUAUCAACUUCUCUUUCCUGCGUUAAAAGAGUUUUGUUAGAAGGUAGAGUUAAUUUAUCUAAUAGUGUAGAAAUUUUCAAGGGUUACUUACAAGUUGCACUUUUGAGAUAUUUAGGUUUCUUGACUUUAGCUUACUUCUACUCAUCCUACAGUAGUGGUUAAAUGGAUUGGUAAGCUUUAGCCUCAGGUUACUUCUUAGUUUAUUUGAUAUUAGGUUGCAACACACCCUUAAAGAAGCUCGAAAAGAGUGUUUUCGAUGAUAACCUUUUCAGCAUAUAUAAUGUUACUUCUGUACUUUUUGGAUUCACUUUGCAUAUUUUGUCUAUUGUUGGGUGCGUUGAAAGUCUUCAUGCUAGUCCCAUUUACAAGGAAGUAAACAGCUUAGACGCUGAAAAUAACUUCUAAUUUGAGACUCAACACAAUACUGUUUUGAAUUUCAAUAUUUUGAUCAAUUUCUUCUAUGUGAUUAUUUCUAACCACAUCGGAAAACCUAUGAAAGAUAGAUAUUAUAAGAACACUAUUGCCUAUCUUAUGAUUUGGGGUUAAUUUAUACAUGCAAAUGUUAUGAUUUUUACAAGUUCUGCUUAUCCUGGAGCAUACACAUCAUGGGUUGAUCUUCCUGAUACUACUCUUAGAUUAAGAAUUUUCUUCAUCUCUAACGGUUUAGGUCUACUUCUCCUUGCCUAUGAACUUAUUUUUGCCAGAAGAAUUUUCGUUAAACUUUACACAAGAAGUCAAGAAAGAAAAAGAGCUGCUCAUAUGUAAUAGCUCAUCGACCAUAUUAGAAGUUGA